CCACAUCUUCUUCUUCCUCCUACCUGCCUUCUUCCCCAAUCUCUCAUCCUCCUCUCUCUCUCUCUCUCUCUCUCUCUCUCUCUCUCUCUACUUUCUCUCUCUUCAUCUCCUAAAAAUAAGAUCUUGAGCUCACUACCUCUCUCUCUCUCUCUCUAAAACUCAAACACCCCAUCAAUCAAAAACCCAACUUUUCUUUUCUUUUCUUUUCUUUUCGUCCAAACAGACCCUCCAAAUCCGAAUGGAUCUGGCCCCAGAGGAGCUCCAAUUUCUCACCAUCCCUGACAUCCUCAGAGAAUCCACCUCCAUCCCCAAACAGUCCCCCAAAACCUUCUACCUCAUAACCCUAACCCUAAUCUUCCCUCUCUCCUUCGCCAUCCUCGCCCACUCCCUCUUCACCCACCCUCUCCUCAACCAGCUCCAAGCCCCUUCCACCGACCCCGCCCAGCUCCACCACGAAUGGACCCUCCUCCUCCUCUUCCAAUUCUGCUACCUCAUCUUCCUCUUCGCCUUCUCCCUCCUCUCCACCGCCGCCGUCGUCUUCACCGCCGCCUCCCUCUACACCUCCAAGCCCAUCUCCUUCUCCAACACCCUCUCCGCAAUCCCAAAAGUCUUCAAGCGCCUCUUCAUCACUUUCCUCUGGGUCUCCCUCCUCAUGUUCUGCUACAAUCUCGUCUUCGUCGGCUUCCUCGUCCUCCUCAUCCUCGCCAUCGAUACCCAGAAUUCCUUUCUGCUCCUCUUCUCCGGCAUUGUCAUCUUCCUCCUCUUCUUGGUCGUCCAUGUCUACAUCACCGCGCUCUGGCACUUGGCCAGCGUGGUCUCCGUGCUCGAGCCCGUCUACGGGUUCGCCGCCAUGAAGAAGAGCUAUGAGCUGCUCAAGGGGAAGGUUGGGAUGGCCUUCGUGCUCGUUUUCGGGUACUUGACCAUCUGCGGGGUUAUCAGUGCGGUUUUCGGGUCGGUGGUGGUGCACGGCGGGGAGAAUUACGGGGUUUUUGUGAGGAUUGUGGUUGGUGGGUUUUUGGUGUGUGUCCUGGUGAUUGUGAAUUUGGUUGGAUUACUAUUGCAGAGUGUGUUUUACUACGUCUGCAAAAGCUACCAUCACCAGGGGAUUGACAAGGGCGCUCUGCACGAUCAUCUGGGUGGGUAUCUCGGAGAGUAUGUGCCUCUCAAGAGCAACAUUCAGAUGGAAAACUUGGAUGUCUGAUGGGAAAGGAACAAGAUUGCUUGAAUUGAAUUUGUAAGUUUCUCUGUACUAAAUGCUUGUAAAGAAAAAACAAAAGACAGAUAAGAAACACGACUUUUGUGGAAUGGAGUUUAGUCUAUACAUGCUUGUUAAUUUUGUUUUACUUAAUAAACAUUUGAGCUAGUUUUCGAGUCUAA